GGACUUCCGGGUAAUGGCUGCGAAGAGUCUCCUGUCUGCAGGGUGUUGUGAGUGUUGGGGCCGAUGCUCCCGGCACGUGUUCUCCAGUCUUGUAGACGUGUCCCCUUAGUUUUGGUGACCUCAGCAUAUUCAGGAAUCCGAAGAAUGGAAAAACCCGUGGAGACUUCAAUCAGAGCCAAGCUGUCUGAGAACUUGCAGCCCUGCCACCUGGAGGUGCACAAUGAGAGCCACAUGCACGCCGUGCCCCCCGGGUCAGAGACCCACUUUAAAGUGGUGGUGGUAUCCGAUGUGUUCGGCGGGAAGUCUCUUCUUCAGCGCCACAGACUUGUCAAUGAUUUGCUGAAAGAAGAGUUAGCCGGACCUGUGCACGCUCUGUCCAUCCAGGCCAAGACCCCACCACAGUGGGAGGAGAACCCCACCGUUACGCAGAGCCCUGGCUGUAUGGGGGGUCGAAGCAUGAUCCCCACAUGAGCAAGAAGAUCAUCUCCCAGGUGUAAGCAGGAGCACAAUGCAGAGGGGGAGACCUACCUGUCCCCAGUCCUGUAAACCCUGGUCUGGAGCCCCAGGUCUGAUCACAUUUUGGACAUUUUUUGUUGUUGUUAAAUAGUAUUAAACCGAGAAAAAACAGUAUUUCAUGUAGAUAGUUCACCAAAAUUAAUAAAUUAAAAAUAUUAAUAAAUGUU